GGAGCGAGGAUAACUAGGCGACAGUAGGCGCGCGCACGCGUGAGAUAGACCCACGAAAGAAAGGGAAAAGCGGAGAGCGGCUGAGAGAAAGAAAGGAGAGACGCUGAUCGACAGGGGCUGGAAAUCGCAGGUCGGGAAGCGCCUGAAGUUGUAGCCAGGCGGCACCAUGCAGCCCCUGGGCCGCAUUCCAAUGGACGUGCGGGUCCAGGAUGUGCAGAAGCGGAGGAACCCGAGCAAACACUACGUUUAUGUUAUCCAAGUAAACUGGUCAGAUAAAACCUCAGAUAUAAUCUACAGACGUUACAGCAAGUUUUUUGACCUACAGAUGCAGCUCUUGGACAAGUUUCCUGUUGAAGGAGGACAGAAGGAUCCCAAAUUGCGUUGCAUUCCUUUCUUGCCUGGAAAAAUCCUCUUCAAAAGAAGCCAUGUGAGAGAUGUGGCUAUGAAGCGACUGAGACCCAUUGAUGAAUAUUGCCGGGCUCUGGUGCGACUGCCACCUAUGAUCUCCCAGUGUGCAGAAGUGCUCCGUUUUUUUGAACCUUGUCCAGAAGAUUUAAAUCCACCAAAGGAAGAUUGUGGAGGGAUGAGGAAAAAAUCAGGUUCGGAGACUGUCUCGGAGCCCAUGGUUUUGGAUCAGUAUGUGGUAGUCGCCAACUAUGAGAAGCAGGAGAAUUCUGAGAUUAGCCUGAAAGCAGGGGAAGUAGUGGAUGUUAUUGAAAAAAGCGAGAGUGGCUGGUGGUUUGUGAGUACAACAGAAGAGCAAGGCUGGGUCCCAGCUACUUACCUAGAGUCACAAAAUGGAACCCGAGAUGACCUGGAUAUCAGGACAACAAGAGCUGGAGAGGUAACUAAGAGACGCAAAGCUCAUCUGCGUCGACUGGACCGGAGGUGGACUUUGGGAGGAAUGUAUAACCGGCAACAAAACCCAGAGGAAAAAUAUAUCACUGUGCAACCAUAUGUCAACCAAGGCAAAGAUGAGAUUGGCUUUGAAAAAGGCGUCAUGGUGGAGGUCAUACAGCGGAACCUUGAAGGCUGGUGGUUCAUCAGAUAUCAAGGCAAAGAGGGAUGGGCACCAGCAUCCUAUCUGAGAAAAGUCAAAGAUGAACUUUCUCCAAGGAAAAAGCCUGUUAAUGGCCCAGUGGAGAUAAUUGGGAACAUAAUGGAAAUCAGUAACCUGUUGAACAAGAAGACAAGCAGUGAGAAAGACAUUCAGACAGAAAAUGAAUCCAAAUGUUGUGAUCACCCUCCACUUACUGCAAAAGAAAUCAGCCUUCCUUUGCCUUGUGAGCAGUCCAAUGGUGAAGCAACUGCAUUAGUGGCAACAGAAAAGAGGCUCUGCCGAGCCACACCAGGAUCCCCAGCUGUGGCCAGGAUCGCUCCACAGAGAGCAGAGAUAGGUUCCCCAAACCUAAGGCAGAAGCCACCACCACGCAGAGAAGUCAGCAUGGGAUUUCAGUUGCCCAAGCCCCCAGAGCCACCUGCUGUUGAAGUAGAAUACUACACUAUUGCUGAAUUCCAGACACACAUUGCUGAUGGGAUCAGCUUCCGAGGAGGGCAGAAAGCUGAGGUCAUUGAGAAAAACUUAGGUGGGUGGUGGUAUGUGCAGAUUGGGCAAAAGGAGGGGUGGGCACCAUCUUCAUACAUUGACAAAAGAAAGAAGCCAAACUUGUCCAGAAGAAGCAGCACAUUAAUGCGGCCAAAAGUCCCUCCCCCAGCACCACCCACCAAAAGCAAGCCAAACUCUGAAGAAACAAAUCCAGAAAGUGAGAGAGAAUGCACACAGCAAAAACCCAAAUUUGAAGAACCAGAAUAUGAUAUUCCUUCUGCCCUCUUUGACCAUGAUCCACAGAAUGAUCUGACUUGUGCUGCUGAUGAACUAGUUAAAGAAGAUUUAUUAGAUCAGGACCAAGCAGAAUCCAGCCAACCACACAUUAAACAAUGCCCAAACUCCACAUUGAGGAAAGCGCACUUCAAAGUAGGUGAAUCUUCAGAAAGCUUACCUUGUGAUGACCAACUAGUGUGUACUUCUGGUGAUAAGGAUUACAACCAAGGAGGAAAUAGUAAUAGUUUGGCAUCUGAUGGAGUCUAUGAUACCGUUAGUCAAGUUGUUCCUGCACUGUCAGUAACUGAGACCAGCUCCUCACCAAAAAACAUUUCACCAAAGCAUUCUCUAAAAAUUCUUCAGUUAAAAUCUGAGACAAAAAAGGACCAAGAUCUUGGAAAGAAUACAGAAAAUUAUUGCAAAUCCGUGGUUGAUAUCAUUACACAGAAACCUGGACUAAAAGAAAAGGAGUCAUGUGAAAUGAAUUCUCGCACAGAUCAGAGAUCUAUUUCCAGUCCUAUUACAAAGCCAAAGCCUUCUGUAAGACCAAAGCCUUUCCUGGUGAAGCCAGAAGCACAGAAUAUGGAUAUGAGCACUCUCAGGCGUCAUCUAAGGCCUACUGGACAAAUUAAGCACAGCUCCAAAGGGGCAAAAAAUGAUGAUGUAGAAACCAACUCGUUAGCAUCCUCUGAAAAUUCAGAAGACUCCUUCACUAAAAGUACAGUUGAUCUUUCAACAAAUGCAUCGCCAGCUCAGUCUGGACUGGAAUUAGCAAGGCCCUGUGAGCAGGAGGCAGUGUCCUUAUGUCAAUACAAGACAGUGGAUAAAUAUGAGAAAGUCCAGGAUAAUGAAAUCAGUUUUCCAGCAGGAAUAAUGGUGGAGGUGCUGGAAAAACAAGAUAGUGGUUGGUGGUUUAUUAGAAUUGGAGACUCCGAGGGAUGGGCACCUGUCUAUUUCUUAGAGCACGUGAGUGGCAAGCCUGCAGAGAGCAGUGCUGAGUUGGAAACGUCCAGAGGUGAGAGAUCAAUGAAUGAAAAUCAACUCAACAAUACUGAGAAAAUAGACAAGGUCCAGAAGUUAAACAACAUUAACCUUGGUUUAAAGAGAACACCCCCAAUUCCUGCAAAACCUCCUGGAGGGUUUACUAAACCAGGAGGAAGUGUGAAUGGCUCAGUAAAAAUGAGAAACAGUUUAAAACAGGCAGCCGUGAGGCCACAAUCUGUGUUUGUUGCCCCAUCUUGCAAAGAAAGUACCAACCUGGCUGGAUCACUAAGGAGGAAUGAAUCAAUGGUGUGCACAGACAAUGUUAAGUCUACUGCAGUCAGCAUUCGCCGAAAUUCAUCCUUCAAUAAUGUCCGGUUACGGAAGAAGAUUGAUGAAUCUGACACUUCACAUUCAUCUCCAACUCCUAGCCAAACAAAGGGUAAACCUCCAGAAAAAUGUGGAGUUAUCGACCCAGAUGCCACAGGAAGGAUUUCCCAUAAAAAUGGAAUUCCUGUAUCUACUGUGAGACCAAAGCCAGUGUGCAUCCAGGAGAAACCACAGUUCAUGCAGAACAACUGGAGAGAGUUGUAUGUUGCAAUUGCUGACUAUCAGGGAGAUGAAGAAACCAUGGGUUUCCAAGAAGGUAGUUGUGUGGAGGUGCUGGAACGCAAUCCCAAUGGUUGGUGGUACUGUCAAAUAAUAGACAGUGGGCGCUGUCAAAAAGGAUGGGUGCCUUCAAAUUAUUUAGAAAAGAAGUACUAAUAUUUGUUUUAUAUAUAAUAUUUCUAAUUUAUAGAUGCAAUGUGCGUUGUCUAAUGGAACUAUCAGGCAGUCUUACACACCUGCCAUGGAAUAAAUAUUGCUAUAUUUCAACUGCUGGAUUGCUGAGCUAGUGUAUACCAGUAAGACUGUAACAUAAAUAUGUUUAAGUUUGUGGAAAGCUACCUGCAGACAACUGGAAUCAUGCAGUGAGUUUGCACAUGGUGGCAUCAUAGUGCUGAAGUUUCAAAGUGGAUUUGAUUGUUUACAGCUGGAAAAGGCAUGUUGCAUUUCCUACAUGCAACAGAUCUACUCAAAAGCCGGACCUUUGAGAUGAGUAGGAAUUUUAAGUUAAUUAUGAUCGCUGUCCUUUGUUUUAUUAUUUACUUAUUACAGAAUAGUCAGGAUUUAUUCCAGAUUAUUUUUUUCACUGGUGCCUUUAGCAUGCCACAAAUUCAUAAAUAAGCACUCCUUCCAAAUAUUAAACAAAUACUCUGUUAAGGUUUACCUUUUCUAGAUAUGACGAGGUGGCAUUUAGCACUCUCCAGCCCCACCACAGUCUGGAGGAAGUGGAUACUAAUCAAAAUCAUCAUCACUCUGGAUUGGAAGACGUGUUACAGUGAGAAAUCAGAGAGGCUGGGCUUGCUUUCCCUGAAGCAAAGGAGGUUGAGGGUAUCUGCUGCGUGUAUAUCCACAAAAAAAUAUAUAGAAGUAGAUAAAUUCUUUUUCUCAUUGUAGACAUAUCAAAAAAACAAGAGGGCAUUGGUUUUAAGUGAAAAGUUUAAGUGGGGAUCUGACAUCUUGAUAUGUGAAACACACUGUCAGAAGAGGUGGUGGAAUCAAAUACAAUCAUUACAUUUGAGAAGCAUUUUGACAGACACUUAACGGUAAGGCAUAGAAGAAUAUGGUCUGAAUGCAGGCAAUUGGGAUUUGUAUACAUGGAAAAAAUUCAUUAAAAUCAAGACUUGUUCAGUGGUCACCAAGCUUUCUGACACUAUUGUCCAUAACAUCAGAUCAGAUAAAUUACUUUUUUUUGGUCUGCAGAUAUACAAUGAAGUAAACAUUGAAAACUGUUAAGUUUUUUUUUAGUCACUAAACUUCCCUGGUCUGUUUACUGAUUCCAAUUAGAAACUUAGAACUGUUCAUUAUCUAUGUAACAGAAAAGAUAUCUAGAUUACAGGUAGUAAAAUUACAUUUAUAGUGAUCCAAAAUGCAGAUUAUGGAUUACAUGCAUUCCUACUAUUAAUUGAAAACUUUCAACAGAGUCCCAGGCAUUGCAAGUUCAAUCUGCCCAUUAUAUUCUUCCUAAGAACUUUAUUUUUAACUAAAUUUGGAUCAAAAAUAUUUAUUUAAUAUUGCUUUUGAACAUGUUGCAGAAGCAGCAAUGGGUACAAAGUAGAACACAAAAAACCAUUAAAACAGGAGAAGUGGGGCUUAGUCCACAGUUUAUGUAUUUAUUUAUAAAAUUGUAAUAUUUUAUGGUAGAUAUUUUACAUUAUUUCUCCAUGGACCCUAAGUCUUUUGUAUUUUAUGUCAUACUGUUAGACUUGAUGUAAGUAUCUGGUCUGAUUCAUGAAUGACUGGAGGGAAACUGUGUGAUGUGAUGUAUAUCACAUUGUGCUAAACACCAUAUCACAGGUUUUCUCAUGUUCUUAAAACAGAAUACAAUUGCAGACCUUUUCUGGAUAAUAACACAUCACCUGACAUUUAUUCAUGAAUGACCAUGGUCUAAAAGCUUCAGAUCAUAGAAUCUGAAGUAGGGCAAGUAAUAUGCCCUACUUGUCAAAUGCUGACCAAGAUCCACAUUUAAGUUAGUUCCAUUUGCCUGCUUUUAGUCCCAUAUCCUUCUAAGCUUUCUCUAUGCAUGUACCAGUCAAAGUGUCUUUUAAAUGUUGUAAUUGUACUUGCCUCAAUCUCUUCUUCUGACAGCUUGUUUCUGUGUGAAGAAGGUAUCCCUCAGGUUCCUUUUAAAUCUCUCCCCUCUAACCUUAAACCUCUAGUCUCUAGUUUUUGAUUUCCUUUCACUGGGUAAAUAACUGUAUGCACUCAUCUCUAUUUAUGCCCUUCUUGAUUUUAUACACCCCUGUAACAUCAGUCCUCAGUGUCCUACACUCAAGGAGUAACGUCCUAGCCAGUCCCUAUAAUUCCUC